UAAACCCAGGCCCGGCAGACUCCUCCCGGCGUGCUGUGGGGGAACGGCUGUUAGUGUUUAGGUGUGGGCAGCCAGAGGUUAGGGUGUCUUCUCAGAUCGGCGAACCUCUGCUUCAGGAGGAGCCAUGGCGCUCAGGGUCACUAGGAACACGAAAAUUAACACAGAAAAUAAGGCCAAGGUCAGCAUGGCAGGCGCCAAGCGUGUGCCUGUGGCAGUUGCUGCCUCCAAACCCCUGCUGAGAUCGAGAACUGCUCUUGGAGACAUUGGUAAUAAAGUCAGCGAACAGUCAAGAAUACCCCUCAAAAAGGAAACAAAAAAGUUAGGUUCUGGAACAGUUACUGUUAAAGCCCUACCAAAACCUGUGGACAAGGUGCCCGUGUGCGAACCAGAGGUGGAACUUGAUGAGCCUGAGCCUGAACCUGAACCUGUUAUGGAAGUGAAACACUCUCCUGAGCCUAUUUUGGUUGAUACUCCCUCUCCAAGCCCAAUGGAAACAUCUGGAUGUGCACCUGCAGAAGAAUAUCUGUGUCAGGCUUUCUCCGAUGUGAUUCUUGCAGUGAGCGAUGUAGAUGCAGACGAUGGUGGUGAUCCAAACCUCUGUAGUGAAUAUGUGAAAGAUAUCUAUGCUUACCUCAGACAACUGGAGGAAGAGCAGUCAGUUAGACCAAAAUACCUACUGGGUCGUGAAGUCACUGGAAACAUGAGAGCCAUCCUAAUCGACUGGCUAAUACAGGUUCAGAUGAAAUUUCGGCUGCUGCAGGAGACCAUGUACAUGACUGUGUCCAUUAUCGAUCGGUUCAUGCAGGACAGUUGUGUGCCCAAGAAGAUGCUGCAGCUGGUUGGUGUAACUGCCAUGUUUAUUGCAAGCAAAUACGAGGAGAUGUACCCUCCAGAGAUCGGUGACUUCGCUUUUGUGACUAACAACACUUACACCAAGCACCAGAUCAGACAGAUGGAGAUGAAGAUUCUGAGAGUUCUGAACUUCAGUCUGGGUCGCCCUCUGCCUCUGCACUUCCUCCGUAGAGCAUCUAAAAUUGGAGAGGUCGAUGUUGAGCAGCAUACUUUGGCCAAAUACCUCAUGGAGCUCUCCAUGCUGGACUACGACAUGGUGCAUUUUGCCCCUUCUCAAAUUGCAGCUGGGGCUUUUUGCUUAGCCCUGAAAAUUCUUGACAACGGUGAAUGGACACCAACUCUGCAGCACUACCUGUCCCACACUGAGGAAUCUCUGCUUCCUGUGAUGCAGCACCUGGCUAAGAACAUAGUCAUGGUGAACCGUGGCCUCACAAAGCACAUGACGAUCAAGAACAAGUAUGCAACAUCUAAGCAUGCUAAGAUCAGCACUCUGGCACAACUGAAUUGUACACUAGUUCAGAAUUUGUCUAAGGCCGUGACAAAGGCGUAACUCGAAUGGACUACCUCGUCUGCAGAUGCAGUUGGCACCAUGUGCCGCCUGUACAUAGGAUACCAUGUUUAUUUGCUCUUCAAUAAAGGUUGUGACUUUUUUACUUUGCAUAGCUCAACUCAUUUGAAUGUGGUUGCUUCUGACUUUAGGAUAACAGAAGUUGUCAAAGAAUUUAGGAGUAUAUCAAAAACUGCUUCUAGUUUAACAGUUAAUGUAUAUAUGUGUAGUCUAUAUUUUAUAUACUUGCUUCACUUUGUGUGUCCUUAUCAUGUGGUCGUCUGCCUAGCUCUGGGUUAAACACUAAGUCUACCAGCUAGUCCUGCUGCCGAAGCCACUGUCUCUUGAGCUGUCAACUUUCAGAUCUUGAAACAGUGUUUUUGUUAUGUAAUUAUUUAUUUGUUCUUAAUUGGAAGGUAGGAUGUUCAAAAUUAAAGGUGUCUUAAAAUAAUUUGCCCCCAAGUCUCAGUACCAACAGAUAAGGGUGUAUUCUUGUAUAUCCUGUAUAGAUAUAAUCAUGCAUUUAUUGUCGAGGGGAUGUUUUUAUAUGGGUUCAUUUAUCAACAGUAUUCCUUUUAGCAUCCUUCAAGGCUUAUAUUGCAUUUCCUAGUGUGAAUAAACUAUGUAAUAUAGUCAA